AUGACAAUGGCUAAACAACGUCGUUCAUUUUUUGUUGAUGAUAUUUUACAUAAGGUAAUGCCAGUAAACGCAAGUUGCACCGUCGAAAGCAGUGAUCGGAAACGUAAACGAUCAAUCAUGCCUGAAGAUGAUCACAGGAAACAAAAUGAAAGUAUUAAAGAUGAAAUAUUAAAUAAAAAAUUUCGAUCCUAUAACAACGAUGUAAAACAUGAUAAUGAUAAUGAUAAUGAUGAUGAUGAUGAUGAUGACGAAGACGAAGACGAAGAUGAUAAUGGAGUGCCUAAAGAUUUACCAAUAGUCAAUGUGCCAGGAGAUGGUGGAGGUACUGGUGACGAAUCAUCGAACAGUGAUGAUAGCAAUAGUGUUAAUCAUUAUAGUGAUGAUGAUUUAUGUGCAUCAAGUUCAUGUUUGGCGGCGAUUAACUUACGAAAAAAUAAAAAACAACGUAAACCACGCACAGCUUUCACUGAUGCGCAAUUGAACACUCUAGAGAAAAAUUUUGAAAGACAAAAAUAUUUAAGUGUACAAGAACGAUUGGAACUCGCCAAUCGUCUUAAUCUUUCGGAUACACAAGUUAAAACAUGGUAUCAAAAUCGAAGGACUAAGUGGAAACGACAAGCAUGUCUUGGUCUCGAAUUAUUUGCUGGUGCCACAUUGCAACGUUGGAUUCAACGACAACCACAUUUACUUGCUGCCGCUGCCGCUGCUGCAUAUCGGCCAUCGGCCGAUGCGGCCAGUGCGAUGGGCCCAUUUGGUUCAGCUUUAUUAACAGAAGCCAAAGCAGCAGUAACAGCCAAUACUAAUACUCAUCUAUUUUCCCCAGCGUCUCUGAGUUUUCAUCGCCAAGAAUAA